AUGUUCUCGCACUCCAAUCUUCAUCUCUCUUUUCUAAGUGCAGCGAGAAAUCAUCGCCGACUCAUCUCAACUCCAUUUUACGAAGAACAAAUACCUGCACAUGACGGCGAAGAAUUUGUACAAUGGCAUCCACAGAAUCAUCUCACUGUCAACACUUAUAAUUUAUCUACAGCCAGUAUGAAUGGAGUAAAAGAAGCAGCCAUGCAUGGCUACAAAUUAUUGGAAGCUGGUUUUUCAGCUGUGGAAGCAGUUGAAGCUGCAGUAUCCAAACUUGAAGACAAUCCUGUCUUUGAUGCAGGAACUGGAUCUGCUUUAAACAUUUUGGGAGAAGUUGAAAUGGAUGCUAUGAUUAUGGAUGGGAGUACAUUAAACAGUGGAGCUGUUGCUUGUGUGCAAAACAUCACCAACCCUAUACAACUGGCUAAACACAUUAUGGAAAAGACUGACCACGUCUUGAUUGUGGGAAAUGGAGCAAAUGCAUUUGCUGAAGAAAUGGGAGUUCCCAAAGUACCUGCCAACAAGUUGGUGACAGAAGAUGCUAAGAAAGAUUGGCAAAAAUAUCAGGACUUCAAGACAACAGCUGGCGAUCUCUUUCAUGCUUCCAAAUACAUACAUGCUCAUGAAACUGUUGGAUGUAUAGCACGAGACAAAUUUGGUAAUGUUGCUUGUGGUACUUCCACAGGUGGAAUCCCCGCUAAGAGACAAGGCAGAGUGGGAGACAGUCCAAUUAUUGGAGCAGGCGGUUAUGCUGACAAUAAAAUUGGAGCUGUUUCCACCACAGGCCAUGGUGAAGCCAUUGCUAAAAUUUGCCUAGCUAAAUACAUUAUCACCCAAAUGGAAAUUGGUUUCAGUGAGGAGUCAGCCAUUCAAAAAGGACUUGAGCAUAUGUUUGCACGUCUUCAAAGCUGUGGUGGGGCUAUUGUGCUGAACAGGUCAGGAUCAGUGGCUGCACAUUUUACUACAGAACGUAUGUCUUGGGCAUGGCGUGAUGACCACUCUCUUCAUUAUGGUCUCAAUCCCGGGGAACAUUACAUUCAAAAGAUUCUCUAA